AUAAAUUGUCGCCCUCCUGUCCCUCGAUUACUUGAUUCUCUCCCACAUCGACUUCUUCUUCAGAUCCCUCAUCACCACCAGUGCCACCCUGUUCCUUCUUGCCAAUAAUACUUUCUUGUGAUCUUUUCUCAUUCAGUCGAUAUGGCAGCAGUCGUUGUUCCGAGUGGUCUCUCGGCACCUGUCGAAGCGACCAGCUUUGAUAAGCUGCCCAAGGUUGACGUCAAGCCCGUGGUGGAGGAUCCAUUACUUGCAAGCCGACCAAAGUUCGAGCUGAUCCCGCAAGUUUCCAUCAAGUCCAUUCCGGAGGAAAACAAGUCAGAGGCUUCUGACGAUGCUGUCAACUCUCUCAUUUGCGCCCAUGCGCCAGUCCGCUCUACCUAUCAUAGGGAGGCUGUCUCCUUCCGUUCGGACAUUCAAGUACACCUCAGAUCGGUACAGAAGACCAGCGACGAUAUGCUGUUCAGAAUUCGGGAGAUUGUCGAAAGCCUUGACAAAGCCACCCAUGAGAAGCUCCUCCACAAAGAACAGUACGACAGCCUGUGCCAGAGAUACAAGGACAUUACUGCUCGUCUCGAGACAUCUACCCAAGAAUGCGUCACAUUGAGAACCAGAUUGUACGAGAUGUCCAAGGCACGCGAUCGCGCCGAGAUUGAGCUCGAAGCCCUGAGCGGCCACCUCCUCGAGAAGGAGCACGAAUGCAUGGAGCUCAGAGAAGAGACCAGCGUCCUUCACAAGCAGAUUGUGACCAUGGAAGCAACAUUGGUGGAUCUCACUUCCAGACUUGUUGAGGCCGAAGCGACCGCAAGAAUCCGCCUGGAGGAAUACAACGCCGCCGUCAAAGAGCUGGAGAUCCUAAAAGCUUCUAUGGCAGUCCUCUUCACAGAAAAAGAGACCUUGGCCACAGAGCUCGCACUUACACGCAUGCAGUUCAAAGAAGUCUCGUCAAAGCUCGAAGUUAUCAAGCAGAAAUUUAUCAGCAUCGAACACAAGUGCAACACUCUGGAAACGGAGCUCAAGUCAGUCAGGGAAGAACUUAUCAAGGCUAAAGACGCAAGAGACAAGGCAAUUGCAGAGCGCAAGGAAGCCAUCCACGAACGUGAUGUGGCCGUGCAGUGUAUGGACGAAGCAAUUGAGGACCGGAACGGCGCUAUCCGAGCGCGUGACAGUGCCAUCUUCGACUACCAGAGUGCGAAGACCGAGUUGGUCCGUGACCAAGCCUUACUCAAGGACUGCCAACUGAACUUGGAGACGCUGCAAUAUCGGUUUGAAAUUGUUAUCAAAGAGCGCGAUCAUGCCGUUCAUAACCAAUCCAGUCUGGAGCAUUUCCGAGAUGAGCUUGUUGAGCAAUUCAAGGAGGCCGAUGCCCGGGCCCAUCACUUUAAGAUCGAGUUCGAAAAGGCGGUCGACGCUAAGCAGCAUGCCGAGGACGAGGUGUCGACUACGCUGAAGAAGAUGGAGGACCUGCGACAUGAUAAAGAUGUCCUUGUUAUCGAGCGAGAGCAGCUCUAUCUUCAGUUGAAGGAAUCUGAGGCAAGACGGAACGAGGCCAUUGCCAAGGAAUCCAAGGCAUUCGAAGAUCUCCUUGAAGCCACACAAGAGUGCGCAAGGAUGACGAAGAAGUACGAGGAUAUGGAAGACGAAUUCCAGAAGGCCGAUAAGGAGCGCGCCAUCCUUGAGGAGAAACUAAAGACCAUUGAAGCCGACCUCAAAGCCGCGAAAGUGAAAGAAGCAUUGAUGGCUGACCAGCUGGAGCACGCCAAGGCGGAUGAGAUCAAAGCACUUCGGGAACGGAAUGAAAUGGCAGAGAAGCUCUCCAUUUCCGAAGACCUCAACAAGACCCUGAAGAAGCAGAAGGACGAAUUGGAGAGACAGCUCGAAGCCAAGAUUAGGGAACUGGAAGGCAAACUGGCGCAGAAUGGAAACGAGAAUACUGCACUCAAAGCCAAGGUCGACAGCCUCGAGAAGGCUUGCAGCAAGGCUGAGGGGGAGAGAGACAACAAGAUCAGAGAGCUCGAAGACACGAAGCACCAGGCUGUCGAUCAGAAGACCAAACUUGACAAGGAGGUUUUGGAUCUCAAGAGUGACGUUGCAGAAGCCCAAAAGAAAGAGCGUGAGACCGACAAGAUGCUGCAAGAGAAGGCCGGUGAGCUUGAGAAGGAGAAGGGAACCAUGAAAGCUUAUGCUGGCAAUGGUGAAGUGCGAGGCAACAUCUGGGUCAAGAACAUCAACUAUGGCACGAUGCGUCUCCCAGACAGCCACAAGGCGUAUAAGAUGGCCCUCGACCGUUUCUACAAUGCAAAGGCUACCCCUCUUAGAGCGGACAACAAAGCCAUCGGCUUCGACCCCAACCCGGGCGUUCAGAAAACCUUGAUUGUCCGCUGGGCUCAGAAGGACAAGGAAGGAAAGUGGGAAGACAAAAAGGCUCUCUAUGUGUGGGAGCGGGGCUUGACCGGUGAUGAGAUUGACUUUCCCGUGGUCGGAAAGGCCUAGGCGAGAACAAGAGGCUCGUUGGACGGAGGACAGCGCCGAGGCGUGGCGGCGAACGGGCAGAUGCAUAGGCC